AUGCAUCUCCCACCAUCAAAAGACGAUGCUGCGUCCGGUGCGGCCCGUUUCCGGCGCCCGCUACUUACCGAGGAGGAGCGAGAGAGCAUGAGCAGGGAGAUCGUCUCAAGCGUCAGGCCAUCGCUGGCUCUUUUGAACAUAUACCAAAUCGACGAAGAAUGCGAGAAUGCAUCAAAUAGCCGGGACAUUCAAAUCUCUCGGGGGCCUUUUGGGGUGUUUGGUCUAACGCAACGGACCGAGACUUCGCCUGUCAGUGAAGAGCUGGGAACGCCCAGCCCAAUGACCUUACAACAACAAAACAUCAACGUCCCAUUUGAGGACCCCGGUGCCGAAGCCGACUCGCAUGACGACAUUAUGGCAUCCCCGCCGGAAAGAUCACUAUCAACAAAGCCAUCACAACCAACAGUAUCGUACAUGACGGAACGAGAUAGCCCCAGCCAACGUCCCAGCUACCUGAACAGCAUGGAAGACUGGUGGCUCAUGAAUAGCUUCGAGGACAUGAACGGUUGGUCCGAUGGCAUGCUGCAACCAGAUUCAUAUCGUAUCCAGGAACUCCCAGAAGAUAUCUCACUUGCCGAACUGGAUACAUCGCCGCUGCCGGAUGCAGCUCGACAUUCACCGAGUUCAAGCGCGUUAUCAGUAUCACAUGUGCUCAACCCACCUCUCAGCCCCCCACAGUCUUUAUCAAUUCCUGCCGCCAUCGAUAUCACAGUUCCCUACGAUGCCGUGUUUCUUCUCAAGCACUAUUCAACAACCGUCCUUCAGUCUCUCACGCCAUUCCGUCACAGUAAGACACCGUGGCAUGUCCUUUUCCUCCCGCACGCCAAAAGUUGCUUGGCCGCCCUCACCCUUGGAGAGUCCCUAGACGAUGCCAGUCUCUGCGCAUUCUACGGAACCCUGGCGUUGAGCGCCAACAGCCUCGCUGUCAUAUCAAAUUCACAAGAGUGGUAUGAACAAUUUAGGCAAUACAAGCAAAGAGCGCUGUAUCAUGUUCGCCAGAUGCUCAAGACUGCCUACGAUAUCCCCAAAAAAUCGAAAUACAAAUCCCUCUUGCUCGCCCUCUUAACCAUGGUGCAAAUCUCGAGCGUGUCCCGAGCCUCGGAUCAGAAGGAGUACUACUUCCUAGAAGCCGAAAAGUUGAUCCGUGUCAAGGGCCUCAACCGGAGAAAGUCGCGCAAGGUCCGCCUGCUGCAUCACUGCUACACCUUUGAAAGGUUGCAGCACGAGACCACCUACCCGGGGACAAGUCAUUCUCCGUAUAGGUCAUUGGUCCGCAACGCCAUCGAGACGAGCGGGGCUUCGGUGUAUAGCCGGGAUAGCUUGUCAUUCCGACCGAGCGAAUGGGCCAACCUUGACGAGGCCAUGACCAAGGUGAAGGACGCGGAUGUAGGAGAGAACGACCUUCAUCUCCAGACACCCGGGAUAUGGGUUGCUACUCUGUACCCAGAAAUCUUCGGUGUUCAAGAGGUUUACGUAUUACUCUUGUCUCUCAUCAUCUGUCUCGGACGAGCCAAGAAUGAUGUCAACAGCACCGAGAACCUUGGCCUGAGGGAGUUUAUGCGCCGCGCCAAGUCCAUCGAGAAGCGAAUCCAUCAGCUGAAGAAGCUCCCGGACGUCUUGAUGGCAGAGUACGAUCAGCGCGCGUCCCAGCCGCUCCUGGAAAUUCUGUGCAAUGCGACGCAGCAGGCCAUCGUGAUUUAUCUAUACCGGACGCUCUAUGACGUAGAUUCGAGCAUGCUGCAGAGUGAGGUUGCCAGUAUCCGUGACUGCCUGGCCCGGUAUGAGGAUAUUGACGACGGGCAAGGAUAUGGUUCGGUGAGGUUGGCGUGGCCGGCGUUCAUAGCGGCGAGAGAAGCAGAGGAUGAGGGGGUGAGGCUGGCCUUUCUCCGGUGGUUCAAUAAUAAUGCACGGCGUAGCGGACUCAGAGUAUUUUCAGAUUCGCAGGCCGAGUUGGAUAUGAUAUGGGAAGAGAAGAGGAGGAAUGAAACUAGCCAGAAUAUAGGGAUACUCGUGUAG